UAUUUUGCCUCUAUGAUUCCACAAGCGGAACUCAUGCAUGUCUGCCGGGAGUCUCGUCAACUCGCCCCAUAUCAGAAAGCCUUCUUCACUACCUUACCUGGCGACUCCGAGACUCGGUAUAUUUGGGUUAACUUUAACGAGGACAUGAUCUGCCUCGAACACCACCAUCUGUCCGCCCUUGACCCGCAUGCGGACGAUAUUCAGCGGCUUAGGUUC